CACACACAGAGAGAGAGAGAGAUAAAUGAAAGUCACUCUUCACUGUGUCCUCACACGUCAUUCUGGCUGAUAUCACACUCUCUGUCUCCUCAGAGAGUAACUCUGCAGUAACGACUGGCACUAUGAGCCGUAAGCUCUCUCUGGCCUCAUCUCUUGACCUGGUCAAACCCACCACUGACCUCUUCCGUCACAGCAUUGUGCCGCGGCUGCGUCGCCGUGACAACCACAGAGUCUCCGCCUCCUGCCUCCAGCUCCCAUCCCACACCUGUGACGAAGACCACGCCCCCUCCACCAAACACAAACUCAGCAGGAGGAAGAGUGUGACGGCCUUCAUCAGUCAGGUGUUCUCAGGCCUGAAGGACAUGGACUCUCUGAAGAAGGAGCUGGAGGAGGAACUCAAACUCAGCAGUGAGCAUCUGAGGAGUCACGCCUGGUAUCAUGGACAGCUGCAGCGCGAGGGAGCGGAGCAGUUGUUGAGUAGAGAUGGGGAGUUUCUGGUGCGUGACUCCAGCUCCAGCACGGGCGAAUAUGUUCUCAGCUGCAUGUGGAAAAAUCAGCCCAUGCACUUCAAAAUCAUACGUGUCGUGCUGCGACCCAAACAGGGUUACACCCGGGAGCUCUUUCAGUUUGAGAAAGAUCAGUUCGAUAACAUUCCAGCGUUAAUUCGCUUUCAUGUCGGCGGACGGCAUCCCAUCUCACAUUCCACCGGAGCUAUCAUCUUUCAGCCAAUCACGCGCACUCUGCCUCUACGCAUCAUCAGCGAGCGCCAGGCUGCGAGGUCAUCGAGCUCCUCCCUCCUGUCACGAGGUCAGAGCAAGAGGCGGAGCCUGAGCUCCUCUCAGAAAGACACACUGCAGGUCAACAGCAACAACCUGCUCAGAAGCGGCAGUCAGCCUGCUAAUCUGGAGACAGUUGGGAGACCGUCACUACAGUCCGCUCAGUCUGACAGCAACCUCCGCACAGGUGUCCCACAGAGCUGUCCGUCACAGGAGUCCAGCCCCGCCCCCGUCUCCCUGGUGUUCCGCACAGGAAGUGAGCCUGUUCUAAGCCCAGCCGCUUCCUGCGCCAUUCCGCCCAGCCAGUCGAGUCUCGGCGGCUGUCCUCUGCACGGUUCUGAUGGACAGCUGCAUUCACGUGCACCUCCCAAACCGCUGCGGAUCUCCAUCGUCUUCACCCCGACUCAACCUGAUUCUGGUCCGGAGCCUGAUUCCACCUGCCUCUAUGGUGAGCUGGUGCCACAGGUCCCCAUCACCAUGUUGCCCAAAGGUCACACGGCGCGUCUCCGCGCUCAGGAGCGGUGGACCAGCCGCGCGCGUCUCACUGAGACCAGCUUUGGCUUCCUGGAGGCGCAGAAGCUGGAGGAGGAGCGCAGGGAGAGCGAGAGGAUCGAGGAGGACGAGCGUGAUUGGUGUUUCGAGCGGCCGCAGACUGAGACCACAUCAUGUUUCCGUCUGAAUGAGUUCCGCUCGCUCAUGCUGCCCGACAACAACCGUCCGCUGGAUCAGAGCGUCCUGCUGAAGGUCAAAGAGCUUCUGACGCACACCGAUGUCAGGACCACCGCACUACACAUGCUCAGCGUCAACUGCCAGGUGACUCGGGUCACAGGGGUGACGGUGGAGCAGAAGAGGAUCAUGGGAGUGGAAACCGGUCUGGAGCUCAUCACGCUGCCACACGGAGGCCAGCUCAGACAGGACCUGCUGGAGAGGCAUCACACUCUGGCUCUGGGCGUGGCGGUGGAUCUUCUGGGCUGUACUGGGACAGUGAGUCAGCGGGCGAUGGUGCUGCACAGGAUCAUCCAGCUGGCGCAGGAGCUGCGCAACACCACACACGACCUGUACGCCUUCUCCGCCGUCAUGAAAGCACUGGAGCUGCCGCAGGUGGUGAGGUUAGAGAUGACGUGGAGAGCGCUGAGGCGCAAUCACACCGACAGCGCCGUGAUGUUCGAGAAGAGUCUCAAGCCCUUCAUGAAAUCCCUGAAUGAGGGUGACGACGCCGUGGUGUCGGGGCCGCUGUCUCUUCCGCACAUGGAGCCGCUGCUGAGGCUGAUGGAGGGCGAGGACAGCGUGGAGUCCACCGACAGAGGCUGCCAGCUGCUCUACAACCUGCUGCAGUCGGCACGCAACGCCGCGCUACACGCUAACGACUGCACGCAGCACGCUCACGGCCUGCUCUCCGGUACACACACAUCAGCCAAAUACUCUCAGUGGAAACUAGCUAAAGUCUGCACUGAACGAUAG